UAACCCCAUAUUUUUCAGUAAAGAAUCAGACGACGACGGUCGCAGUCAGUUCGCACCGUCUCUGCGACCACUUAGCCUUGAAUUUGAAGUUGCAUCGCCAGUAUUUUUUGUUUAAAUGUGUUGAAAAACGUAAAUGUGUGUACUUCAGUGCAAGAAAAGGGAGACCGAUUCACUUAGCAUGAAACUUGUGAUAUGCUGGUAAUUACACACGAGUUAGAGGGUCGGCAAAACGGCGUCUCGGGCGCUCUGCUAAUUGUUUAUUCAUAUUUUCAUAUGCAGUUUGCUACAGAUAGUGCAGUAAAUAUGCGAUUUCAUAUAUUGUGCAUAUUUGAGGUGGUUGCAGCUCAACGUUGCAUUCGUAGGAAGAAUUGACGGAGAAUGAGUUGUCUUUUAGCCAAAACUUGGCUUGUUUAAAUUCCACUGACAUGCGGAUACAUCCUCUCUCAUUGCUGUCUUCACAGGCAAUCCCACAAUUCCUUAUGAGGUAGUUGUAGAUGUUUCCGAACUCCACUGCAGACAAUUCCUUAGGAUUGUUUAUCCAGCUAUCAGCUGCGACUUUGUAUGGGCAGAUUUGCAGGCCAAUACACGCUAAUUUUAAGUAGUAUUGCCUCCUCGCGUCUGUCGGCAGUAACUCGUGAUAAUAAUAAGUCAUGUUAAGACGUUUUUAUGAAAAAAGACGCAAAACCCAGCUGAAAAUUAUGAAUUUCAGACAGCGUUUGUCUACGGCUGUUUACCCGUGCGUGCCCCCAUCUCAAAAUGGCGACACGUUGCCAUGCGAGAUGACGUCAUCAUAACAUCAUGCCGACUGCGAAAAUAAAUAGAUAGAUGAAGAAGAAAAAAAAAUAAAAAAUAAUGCAGCCUCAACGGGACACAAGCCAGUGUCCUACUUGUGCCGGUCCCACACCCAGAGAAAUGCAGAGGGUAAAAAAAAAAAAAAGCCUGCAUUGUGGGUGCCCCCCCAAGUUUUCUUAGUGCCCACUCUGGUGGGUCAACCUAGAUCCGGGCCUGCAACCGAAUAUUUUUCAACAACACUGGUUUAAAGUUUUUCUCCCGCCCCCACUCUUUAAAAAGAUACCAACUGGUCACAAAGCUGCUCAAUCUGAACAAAAUGGUGGCAAUAAUGCACAUAUAUGGUGUUGUGGGUGUCACCAAAGUUCACACCCAGCAUGCCCUGCCUAGGAGGACCAGAAAGACAAGUUGUCACACGGACGGGAGAAGAAGAGGCAACAACAAGGCCGCGUGAAAUGAUGCCUCUGGACAACAAGCGUAAGGAGCUGCAGUUGAAAACACUGAUGGAGCUGGGGGAGGACAGCUUGCAGUCCUUCAACAGAUUGAAGUUAUGGUAAGCCAUGAAAAGUUGUCGUUCACAGAUACCCGAUCCAUGGUCAUCUCGCUCAUGCGUUUACAAGGUGGAAGGAUGCCUCUGGACACAGAGCGUAAGGAGCUGCUAUUGGAAACGCUGUUGCUGCCUCUAGUGCUCAGAUAAGAUACCUGAUCUACAGUCACCUCCCACACACGUAUGUAAGUCAGAAGGAUGGCUCUGGACAGCGGAAGAAAGGAGCUGCUGUGGAACACGCUGAGGGAGCUGGGGGAGGACGACUUUGAGUCCUUUAGGUUCCACACGGACCUGCCUCAAAGCGUACGCGAAGACCGCCGCCGGGUGUACAUUGCUGACGAGCUGAUAAAGAAGCACGGCGAGAACACUCUGGACCAGACCAUCAUGCUUCUGGAGAAGAUCGGUAACAACAAUUUGGCAGAGAAGUUGCGCAGCGACCUGGUAGAAAUAAAAGGUGCAGUCUUCUCCGUUCAUGAUGAUAAUCAGAUUAACCGAUUGAAGGGGGAGCUGCAAGACAACCUGCGGCAUUUAUACAGCCUUGCUUCCGAGGGCACCACCGAGCGUUGGCAGCAGCAGCCCCUGACAGAUGUCUACACGGAGCUGGAUGUCAUCUACGGAGCAGAAGUCAGCCCCGACGAGCGGCACGAGGUCCUUCAGAUGGAGACGUGCACCGCGGUCAAGGAGUCUAUCCUGCCAUGCGACAUCUUCAAAAGCCCUGACGGGACGCAACGACUGAUACGCACACUUCUUACUGUCGGCUUCGCGGGAAUCGGAAAAACCUUCUUGGUUCGAAAGUUUGUGUUGGACUGGGCCACUAGAAAUAGCAAUCAGGAUGUGCACUUCAUAUUUCCCUUCACCUUCCGCGAGUUGAACAUGGACAAAGGAAAAAGCUUCACGUUGGCCGAGCUUAUCCGACUCUACCUGUGGCACAUGAGCGAGGGGACGCUGAACAAAAUAUUUGCCGACCUGCAGAUGUCCGGGAGGCGGGACUACGAAAGCAGCAGGAUUAAGAUCUUGUUUGUACUGGACGGACUGGAUGAGUGCUGCUUCAAAAUGGACUUAAAGAACCACACCAAAGUGGACAUAGAUUUGAAGAAGGCUUACCCGCUGGAGGUGCUCCUGGCGCACCUCGUCAAAGGGAACCUGCUUCCUUGCGCCCGGGUUUGGAUUACCACGCGGCCUGCGUCGGCCCGCGAUAUCCACUCCGACUUCAUCGACAGCCGAACAGAAGUGAGAGGAUUCACCGAUUCUCAGAGGUUGGAGUACUUCAGGAAAAGGUUCCCAAAUGAGGAGCGCGUCAUUGAGCACAUUCGGAAAUCGCGCACCAUCUUCAUCAUGUGCCACAUUCCCAUCUUCUGCUGGCUCACCUCAACAGUUCUUCAGGAUCAUUUGGACAAAAGGAAAGAGGGAGAGCUUCCCACAACGCUGACUGACAUGUACUCAGCGUUUUUAGGUCACCUACUGGAAAACUCCAAGGAGAGAAAUACAGCGGAGUACAUCCUUGACGUGAAACCGCUAGCCAAGCUGGCUUUUGACCACACCAUGAAUAAGUGUCAAAUCUUCUACGAGAAAGACCUGGUGGACAGCGGUUUUGAUUACAGCCAAGCUGCAAAACACUCCGGAAUAUUCACUGAGGUCUUUAAGGAGGUCCCUCCGCUCAGAAGAAACAAACAGAAGAUGUUUCAGUUCCUUCAUCUGACCAUCCAGGAGUAUCUGGCCGCACUGUACGUAAUGAUGAGCCUCUUCCAUGACAACAAGAACGUACUGGAUGAUUCAGGAUGGUUACUGAAAAAAGUGGCUGAACUUUUGAAGCAGACCACAAUCACUGAGGUCCAGCAGUCAGCUCUGCAGAAAGCCUCAGAGAGUGAAGGAAACCUGGACCUGUUCGUCCGCUUCCUCUUUGGUCUUUCCUUGCCGUGCAAUCAGGAACUAGUGGGGGAACUGCUGAAGGCUCCUCAGGACUAUGGGCAAAGCAAGUCAAAGACAGUGGAGUUGAUCCAGGAAAGGAUAAAACGGAACACUCCAGAGAAGAACGUCAACUUGUUCUACUGCCUAAACGAGCUGAAGGACGACUCCUUGCUGAAGCAGAUCCAGCAGGAAUUAGCUUCAAGACGUUUGUCCUGGCAACAAAUGUCAAAUGACAUGUGGUCGGCCCUGGCCUUCUUCUUACUUACAGACGACAAAACCAUGAAGUCCUUUCAUCUUGCCAGCUACUCCCCAUCACCGUUGGGGCUGGAGAAGCUGCUGUUGGUGGUCAGGGCUUCUCAAAAAUCAGAUCUAAAUCAGUGUUGGCUGGACAGAGGCAGCUGUCACCUGCUGGCUUCCGUUCUCAGUUCUCCAUCCAACCUGAGGCAUCUGGACCUGGGCUGCAACCACGAUGUGUCGGACAAGGGGGUCGAGAUCCUCUCAAAAGGACUGGCCAGCCCACACUGCCACUUAGAAGUCCUCAACCUGUCAAUGUGCUGGAUAACAAGAAGAGGAUGCAUUUCAUUGACUGAGGUUCUCAAGUUAAACCUCUCACAUCUUCAAGAGCUGUACUUAAACGGUAACAAACUGUCGGAUGAGGGGGUUGAAAUCCUCUCACAAGGACUGUCCAGCCCAAACUGCAUCUUAAAAGUCCUCAAUCUAAGAAAAUGCUUGAUCACAGAGCGAGGAUGUGUUUCAUUGGCUGAGGCUCUCAAGUUAAACACCUCCCAUCUUCAAGAGCUGGACCUGAGCCUGAACGAUCUGUCGGAUGAGGGGGUUGAGAUCCUCUUGAAAGGACUGAGCAGCCCACACUGCAUCUUAAAAGUCCUCGACCUUUCAGAGUGUAAGAUCACAAAGCGAGGAUGUGUUUCAUUGGCCGAGGCACUCAAGUUAAACACCUCCCAUCUUCAAGAGCUGGACCUGAGCUGUAACAAUCUGUUAGAUGAGGGGGUUGAAAACCUUUCGAAAGGACUGGCAAGCCCACACUGCAUCUUAAAAGUCCUCAGGCUGUCACGGUGCGGGAUCGCAGAUAAAGGAUGCAUUUCAUUGGCCAAGGCUCUCAAGUUAAACCCCUCCCAUCUUCAAGAGUUAUUUCUCAUCAACACUCGAAUAAAGGAAGAAGCAAAGAGGGUCUUAUUAGAGAUCAAGGAAGAUCCCAGCUAUAGACUGGAGACUGUCAAGAUCUAAAAACAAUGUUGCCUAUCAGAGUGUAAAUUCAUGUUCAAUACCGAUUGUUUGUGUCUUUCUUCAGAUUUAACAAAUGGGAACAAGAACAACAUUUGGUCCUUGGCGUCAAGAAGGGCGAGUCAUUCCAAAUUUUCAUUAUUAGAAGACGUCGAGUCCAUUUGAUCUCCUUCAGAUUUAGUUCGGUCUCACGUAUUGUCUGAUGAUUGCUAGAGGAUCGGGUGUCGGCGCUACGGGCAAAGCGGCCUCGCUCACAGAAUUCGAGGAGGUCGUCGUCGGGUUCUUUGCAUCGACAUGGAGGUGGAGUUCAAGGGGAAGGUCUAGGACGUUCCCAACAAACUGCUGGCAGUUGUUUUUAUCCAUUUGUACUGGGAGGGGCUGUCCAAAAGGAAUGGACUCUGAGCACCGUCAAUGGCAGCCAAUGAGUUCAAUAAGUACCCUUUAAAGGGUUAACUUAUGUUUCUCACAAAUUUAAAAGAAAAUGUCAUACGUACACUUGAAAUUGUUUUGGCAAGCAAGUAGGAUUUGGUAAAUUAUGAUGGAGUGUGUUGUUUUCUUGAUAUAGUAUCGCAAUUUUGUAAGCCCGCUUUUGUUCGUAAAUUGUAUAAUUGUGUUCAUAAAUUU